AUCCUUACAGCUGUUGGAAGGGAUGCUAACAACAACAUGUAUCCAAUUGCAUGGGCCAUAGUUGAGAUUGAAAAUACAUCUUCCUGGCAAUGGUUUUUGGAGUUGUUGAAGCAUGAUUUGGAAAUUGAUGAUAGCAGCCCCUGGACAGUCAUAAGUGAUCAACAAAAGGGUCUUACCAAUGUCAUCCAGAGCUUACUCCCUCAAGCUGAACAUAGAAAUUGUGCAAGACACAUUCAUGCAAACUGGAGCAAGAACCACAGAGGGAAAUUCAUGAAGCAGUUGUUCUGGAUGUGUGCUAGGUCCACAUGUGAGGCACAACUUCAGGAGUGGCUUCAAGAGCUUCAAAAAAAGGACCCUGCUGCAAAACAAGAUUUGGAAAUAUAUCCUUUCAAAAAC